AUGAUCUGCUCAAGCUGCCGGCGGACGUUUCUCUCCCGCGUUCGCUCCCUCACUCCCAACACCAGGCUUUCCAUCUCUUGCAGCUCUGGCCUGCGCUACGCAUCAACGGUCCCUGCAACUUCCCAUGCCGCUCCAGUCCCAGCUCCUACAGCCAUCUCUAUCGACGGGCCAAAUGCCACUCAAUCGUCAAACACGUCGGGAAUCUCCCAGCCUCUGUCCGAACCACAUACUCCCUCGACCUCGACUGCGAAAACCUCUGGGCCAACCUCGACCAAAGACUCAAAAGGCCCCGUCAAGCCCAAGAGCUCAGUGCCCGGGGGCAAGGAGCUCCGUGGUCUGGGUUACACAAAAGCGAAGCCGAAAGUUCUGGCGCUGGAGGACGACGAGUAUCCCGAAUGGCUAUGGAAGCUGUUGGAUCAGAAAAGACUGGGAAUCGACACGGAAAAGGUCGAUUUAGCAGCAAUGACCAAAAAACAACGCAUCCGCUACGAAAAGAAGCAGGAACGUCUCCUCAAAGACCUACCCAGAGAGAUCCCCGUUCACGAACAGAGCAAAGACCUGACAGGCCCGGGGGACGACGCCGUGACGAGUCUACAGCGCCGACAAGAGAUCACCAAGAGCGCGAGAUCCGCGAGACGGAGAAAUAUUCGGGAGAGCAAUUUCCUCAAGUCGAUGUAG